AUGACUUCAUCCAAUAUCGAUACUAAAGCUAAGGUUUGCGUCUUCUGUGGCUCCUCUUUUGGAAGCAAGGAUAUCUAUGCUAAUAGUGCGACGGAAUUAGGAAAGAAGCUCGCAGAUAGAAACUGGGGUUUGGUCUAUGGUGGUGGAUCCACCGGUGUGAUGGGAGCCGUUGCUAGAGGGUGUGCAACUAACGGUGGCUAUGUUCAUGGAAUCAUUCCGGAAGCACUUAUCGCAAGAGAGAGAACAGAUGAGGAAACUCUUAAUGAUAAGUUGAAGGAAUCAAUUGAUAAUCACGAUGGAUCCACGCCGAUCCCAGAUUCAAAUGAGUAUGGUAAAACAACCUUAGUAAAGGACAUGCACACGAGAAAGCGAUUAAUGGGUCAAGAGUCAGAUGCCUUCGUUGCUUUGCCAGGUGGCUAUGGUACUAUGGAAGAGUUAAUGGAAGUGGUUACUUGGUUCCAAUUGAAUAUUCAUAAUAAACCUAUUGUUUUAUUUAACAUUGAUGGCUUUUACGACAGCUUUUUGAAAUUUAUCCAAGAAUCUAUUGACAAUGAGUUUGUGAGUGUCAAGAAUGGUGAUAUUAUCAAGGUUGCUCAUACAGUUGAUGAAGUCUUUGAAGCAAUUGAGAACUUCAAAAUACCAGAGGGAAGAUUUAACUUGAACUGGAGCUCAACUUAA